AUGGAUACUGUCCCCAACAAUGAGUACGCGCCAACUAGUUCCCAAAAUCACCUUGGUGGGGCCAGCUACAUCAGUGGCCGCGACCUUUUUACCCAUUUUGCCAAUUUGACGAGUCAAGAUCGCCCCAAAUCCAAGUCUCCAAAUUCCCACAUCAGCACAAAUAAUAACAGCAAUAGCACUAGCACAACGUGCGCGGACAUCUACUCCGCUAUUUUGAGCACCCAACAGCAGCAAGGUGUCAUUGACGAGACAUCAGCCGUUUUCACAUCCCCCACCCGUCAUCUCAGUGAGCCUUCUACUGCAGGAACGCGUCGGUCUCCUAUUGUUCCUUCUCCCACCGGGUCACAUGAUGCCUGUAUGCGUCUUCUGUGUCGUCAUGUGACACGUCUCAAUUUGAAUGUUUACGUGCCUGCUUGUGUGUAUGUGUACGCCCACGAUCAGAUGGAGCGCACGCCGCGUUCCUGCCGUACAUCUCCCUCAGUCCCCAUAAAAUCAUUCCACCAGCAUCUCCAACGCUCAUCCCCACCCCACAGUCUCGAGUCAUCGCCAAACAAUGGCCUGGAACCCCCUCAGCACCAGUCCAACACCAACGCCAACCCAUCUUCCUCCCCCGUCUUUUCUCUUACCCAGUCUGGACUGCAAGAACUUAUGCGCAAAUCUGGCAACGUUAUUUCCACCGAGGAGAUUAAGAAGGCAAACAACUCGAGUCAGCUUUACCUUCUCGUCCCAAGUAAUUAUCCUGUCAUAAUGGCAGUCGGUGGAGAACGCGAGAAGGCAGCUGCAACGGCUGCGGCUGCAACAGUGAAUGAGGCAACGGCACGAAAUUUGUUGGAGCGGUUCCAGUUGACUUCAGCACCUACGCCACAACAACAACAACAGUCUGCUCCGUCUCCGCAAAUGAUAGUGGAUCCUCAACCACAACCACCGCCGCAACAGCAGCAGCAGCAACAGCAACAACAUUCACAGAGCCAACAAAAGGCGACUGUAAUGCUACGAGCGCCAAGGAAGAAUAGUACAAAUAUCCCACCAAUGCUACUGCAGUCGCUGAAGGAUGUUGUCCCGUCUCUCGCAUUUAGAGUCUUCGAAAUGCCCAAGAACGCUUAUCUAGGCUUUUGUGACCUCAUCAUCUAG